GGCGACGAGAGAGAGAGAGAGAGAGACAGAGUCAACCAUGGCGUUCGAUCUCGGGGCUCAUUUGGUGCGGCUGGGGAUCUUGUCGUCGACGUCCGACCACACCUCCGUGGUGUCCAUCAACCUCUUCGUGGCACUGCUCUGCACCUGCAUCAUCAUCGGCCACCUCCUCGAGGAGAACCGAUGGAUGAACGAGUCCAUCACCGCCCUCGUCAUCGGGCUAUGCACAGGGGUGGUCAUCCUGCUGACGACCAAGGGGAAGAGCUCUCACAUCCUUGUCUUCAGCGAAGACCUCUUCUUCAUCUACCUUCUCCCGCCGAUUAUAUUCAAUGCGGGGUUCCAAGUAAAAAAGAAACAAUUUUUCCGCAAUUUCAUGACUAUCAUACUGUUUGGUGCAGUUGGGACACUAAUAUCCUUUUCCAUUAUUUCUCUUGGAGCUGUUGAAUUUUUCAGAAGAAUGGAUAUUGGUUCACUAGACAUUGGAGAUUUUCUGGCUAUUGGGGCAAUCUUUUCUGCAACAGACUCUGUCUGUACCCUGCAGGUUCUUAACCAGGAUGAGACUCCUUUACUAUAUAGCUUGGUCUUUGGUGAAGGUGUGGUCAAUGAUGCCACAUCGGUUGUACUUUUCAAUGCAAUCCAAAAUUUUGAUGUUGGCCACAUUGACGCCAUCAUUGUAUUGAAGUUUGUUGGGAACUUCUUUUACUUAUUUUUCUCCAGCACCUUCCUUGGAGCAUUUACUGGAUUGCUUAGUGCAUACAUCAUCAAAAAAUUGUACUUUGGAAGGCAUUCUACUGAUCGUGAAGUUGCUCUUAUGAUGCUCAUGGCUUACCUUUCAUAUAUGCUGGCUGAGUUGUUAGAUUUGAGUGGAAUUCUGACAGUAUUCUUCUGUGGGAUAGUAAUGUCACACUACACCUGGCAUAAUGUGACAGAGAGCUCAAGAGUUACCACAAAGCAUGCUUUUGCAACCUUGUCAUUUAUCUCCGAGAUUUUUCUCUUCCUUUAUGUUGGAAUGGAUGCAUUGGACAUUGAAAAGUGGAAAUUUGUUAGUGACAGCCCUGGAAAAUCAAUUGGUGUUAGUUCAAUUCUACUAGGCUUGGUUUUGGUUGGAAGAGCUGCUUUUGUUUUCCCACUCUCUUUUCUGUCCAACUUAACAAAGAAGUCUCCAGAUGAAAAAAUAUCCUUUAAGAAGCAAAUUACAAUAUGGUGGGCAGGUCUUAUGAGAGGUGCAGUGUCAAUUGCACUAGCGUACAAUCAGUUUACAAGAUCUGGCCAUACACAACUGAGAGGCAAUGCAAUGAUGAUCACCAGCACCAUAACGGUUGUCCUCUUUAGCACUGUGGUUUUCGGGAUGAUGACAAAGCCUCUGAUAAGGGUCUUGCUGCCUCCUGGUGCAAAGCAUUACGGCAGCAUGUCCUCUGAGCCCUCAACUCCAAAAUCUCUCCUCGCUGCACUCCUUCCAAAUGGGCAGGAAUCAGAAGUUGAAGCUGGAGGACAAAUUGAACGGCCAAGUAGCCUCCGGAUGCUCCUUAGCAAGCCAACUCACACAGUGCACUACUAUUGGCGCAAGUUCGAUGAUUCAUUCAUGCGCCCGGUGUUUGGUGGGCGAGGUUUUGUUCCUUUCGUGCCUGGUUCACCCACAGAGCAAAGCCACCAUGGGUUGGAGUGAACCAAAAAAGAAAGGAAAGACAGGAAAGAGGAUAGAAAAGAAAACCAACAUCUAAUAUUCUUUGGUUUGAUUGCUUUUGGUUAUAUGCCUAUCAAGGUAGUGCCUGGUCAUGGUAUUGUUCAUUGGGCUUUGAAAGGAUUUGCAUGGAAAGGUUGGAGUGUUGUGCUGUAUCUUGGUCGUGUAAUUUGUCUCCUUUCAUGUGUAUUUCUAGCACCAUUUGAUGCAGUUCUGAGAGAGGACUAACAUGCUUGUUGUCAAAUUUUUGUAACUUGGGGGGCUUUGUACCUUGAUCUCUAGUGUUGUAUGAAUAGAAGUUUUCCUGUUGUAUCAGUACUUUGGAAAGAAUGAAAAAGAAAACACAUGCAGAGGCAUACUGAUUAUACAAAAACA